CGAAGAAUAACGACACCUGCCUUCUCUCUUUGUUUUCUUCAUUCUCCCCUUCGCAUAUCCAUCCUUCAUUACAUAUCAUAUCCUCCUCUUCCAUUUCUGUCUCUUUAUCGGAUUCUGUUUCCUAGCACAAAUUCAUCGCAAUCCGUUCCUCGUUUUUUCAUCCGGGGUUCACCGAUCCUCGUUCACUCGCCCCCUGCAAUCAAAUAAAGCGAAGGGUCAAUCUGCAUGCAUAUGUCGAUCAAUGCGCUUCGAUGAUGUUUUUGAAUUUUAGUCGGUGUUGAAGAAUUGUGGUUCGUAUUAUUCUCAAUUAUGUUAUUGUCAAGAGGCUGAUGUUUUGCUUGUUGAAAUUAGGGUUUGAUGCGUUCCGUGAAAAGGGUUCUGAUUUUUAUCAGGAUGCUUUGAUUUUGUAUAGUCUGUAGAUACUGUACCGGAAUCGAUUGUUAAUUUGGAUCGUUUUUGGUAGAAAUCGAGGGUCGAUAUGAUUAUUAUCAAGUUGGGUUGAGUUUUUUUUUACAAACCCUAGUCUAGGUGUAAUUAGGUAUAUAUAGAUCCGAGUAUAGUUUAGCAGUUCAUGUUUACAGCUGGAGUUAAUUGAAGCAAUAAUCAUGGAUCAUAUUGUUGGUGGAAAGUUUAAGCUUGGGAGGAAAAUUGGGAGCGGAUCAUUUGGUGAGCUUUAUUUAGGUGUUAAUAUUCAAAGUGGGGAAGAAGUUGGCGUUAAACUGGAACCCACGAAGACAAAACAUCCUCAACUUCAUUAUGAAUCGAAAGUAUAUAUGCUUCUCCAGGGAGGAACGGGAGUACCUAGUCUUAAGUGGUUUGGAAUUGAGGAUCAAUUAAUUAAUAGAGUUGAGUUCAUGCAUGCAAGGAGUUUUCUUCACCGUGACCUAAAGCCUGACAAUUUUUUAAUGGGCCUGGGCCGCAAAGCAAAUCAGGUGUAUGUCAUUGAUUUUGGGCUUGCAAAAAAGUAUAGGGAUCUUCAAACUCAUAGACACAUACCUUACAGGGAAAACAAGAAUCUGACUGGCACGGCUCGUUAUGCUAGUGUCAACACACACCUUGGGGUUGAACAAAGUAGGCGGGAUGAUUUGGAAUCUCUUGGUUAUGUUCUUAUGUAUUUCUUAAGAGGAAGCCUUCCAUGGCAGGGACUGAAAGCGGGAACCAAAAAACAGAAAUAUGACAGGAUAAGUGAAAAGAAGAUGUUGACUCCAAUAGAGGUGCUGUGCAAAUCAUAUCCGCCAGAGUUCACAUCCUACUUUCAUUAUUGUCGAUCAUUGAGAUUUGAAGACAAACCGGAUUAUUCAUAUUUGAAAAGGCUUUUCCGCGACUUGUUUAUUCGUGAAGGCUAUCAAUUCGACUAUGUAUUCGAUUGGACAAUAUUGAAAUAUCCACAAAUCGGAGCCAGCUCACGAGAACGACCACAAACUGGGAAUGCUGCCGGUGCUGGUGGUCAAAAUGUUGGGACAUCCGCGGAAAAAACAGGAAGAGCCUCGGGUGGACUCCAUGGUGCAGUAGACGCACCAUACUCUAGAAGAAAUCCGCCAGGUGGCACCCGCCCGGAACAUUCCAGAACCAGGAUUUCGGAAAACCAGCAAACUGAUUCUGAAAAAGUGCGGUCUUCUCGAAACGGUAAUUUGUCGAAACACCUAAGCAGCAGACCGGGUUCUUCAGCAGAGGCGACAGAUGGCAGAUCCAGCCGAGUGAUUUCAAGCAGUGGGUCCCGUUUAUCAACCACUCAAAGAGGAGCCCAACCCACUACUUCAAAGCCUGGCCGGGAAGAUCCUCUUCGAAGCUUCGAGUUCCUCCAAAUCAGGAAGUAAUAAUAACAGAGAGAUAUGAUAUAAAAAAAAAAAAUUACUAUAAUAAUUAUAUGUAAAAAAUGAGAGUUUGUGUUUUUACACUGCAAUGUAAUGUUAAGGUGAUGACGAAACAUGGAUAAUAUAUAUGUUGUUUGUUGUUUUCCAUAAAA